GUCCGACGCAUGGCGAGGCGCUCUCGGGCUGGUCGCCCGCCACGUCUCCCUCCUGCGCGACGCAAACGCAAUCAAGCCGGCGCGUGCGCCUCAAUUAGCGCACGCGUAAUCGCAUGAAGGAGAAGCAGACACAGCGGCGGAUCUCAUCUUCGGAUCGCAGACGCGCGGCCGCACUUAGCGUCAGACGUCAUCGUUAAGCGGCGAGGCGGACGGCGAAGAGGGCGACUUCCUGUCUCCGGGCGAGUCGACGCGGGGGCGAACAACAUGGGCCUUGGGGUUUCUUGGAUGGCCAACUGCCGUUUAUCCAAAACGCCGAAGACAGCUCGCCGGAGGCCGCGCUAUGCUUCAGGAACGGAGCCGCUCCUGCGUGAACGUGCUCCUUUUCUGGUUUUCGGUCUUUGGCGCAAAAAGUGGCCCCGGCAAGCAUCAAGCGAGCGAGCGAGCGUGACUCACCUUUUUCGGCUUGACUCCGGUAGCGCUAACGCAAUUGUGCCAUCAAAACAAAUCAGCGUGUGAUUGCGCAACGCAAUCUAAUCUUGUUUUCCAAAAGCAGCAGAGCCAGAUGGAAGCAGCCGUCGCAACCAAGGCACUCCGAGUCGAGCUUGAUGAACGGCCCGCGGACGAUUCGAGAGCCUCGUCAAGCCUUCUCACCGAGUGAGAAAGAACCGCGAGUUCUGACUGGCUGAUGCGGGCGGGCAUCUUUAAAGACACUUUCCAGUCGUUUGCUCUUGCCAAAUAGUGACCCUACACUUACUGUUGACCGGGUGUCAUCGGACAGAUGGAUGGACAGAAAGACGGCAAUUCGCAUGGAUGUAAAUGGCCCCAGUGUGGGAGAAAUAAAGGAUAGCUUAUCUUAUCUUAUCUUAUCUUACAUUUGGCUGGGUUUUGGCGCCCGCUAUGCAACAUGUAGCGCAACGGUCCGGACUGCAUGGCCGAAAGUUGCUUAGACCGAGUGUUGGUAUUUUCAUAGCCACGCGUGCUAGAAGCUUCCCAUCGGGCUUGAAGUUGUUCCAUCGCGGUGCAGAUACUGGCAAGAGAAAUGGAGUCGCCGGAGUUUGUUAGGAAUGUCCGAGAGGUCAAAAGAGCGUCGCGUAGAGUGAUGAGUCUGACGCUCCAAAUGGAAUGGCCGCAAAUUGGUGGCUUUGCUUCACAGGUAGGAUGCGAGUUGGGAGAAGGAGAAAUUUUUGGAGAGAAACUCAGAGAGGGGCUCCACCUGAGCUGCUUUGGACACGUGUGGAUGAGAGAGGGUCAAAAUAUUUGGGAGAAGGAUGCCAGGCGGGUGGUCCACAGGAAGACCCGAGCGCAGGUCCGUGGAUGGCGUGAGAGAAGAGCACGCACAAAAUGGCGACCGAUUGUCGAAAAGAAAAAGAUCGGUCUCCAGCAGUGAGGAGACGCUUCUUCCUGGGCUGCGCUCACGAUUGUCAUCAAACUUGACAAUGGGCGGGAAGCGGCAUUCGUCAUAUUUUCCGCCAAAAGAAGAUGCUGCUGUCAAGAGGCCAACGGGAAUGGGCGGGUUGGACUUCCCCUCACAUUUGAGGAACAUCAAGGAGGCCACACCUUGAGUCACAAUGACGUAUACACACACACACACACACACGUGCGCAAGGCUGAAGACAAGAGCUCGAUUUCUCAGAAGCGUUGCCAGUCGUUCCCGAGUGGCUCAGUGGACGCCAGUGAGCGAAGCCGCUGGAUCUUGGAAAUCUGUCCAGCAGGACCAAACAUCUGACUGACAAACACCAGAAGAUGGCCGCGGCUUCGGGCAGCCUCGGCGGCGGGACGCCAGUCGGCGCCACCAUCCUCUUCUCCCUCAAGGACGAAGUGGGCGGUCUGGUGGAGGCUCUCGGCACUUUCCAGGAAAAACACUCGGACCUGGUUCGCAUCGAGUCGCGCCGGUCCAAGCGCCGGAACGCCGAUUUUGAGAUCUUGCUGCACUGCGACGUGGAUCACCAUCAGCUCAGAGAGUUGACGCGGCUCCUGGCCCGGCACGCCGCCGCCGUGGAGGUCGUGCCCCGGAGCCACGCCCACGGCGAGGAUGAAGGCCGGACUCCCGACGAGCAGCGUGCCAUUCCGUGGUUCCCCAAGAGGAUUUCCGAUCUGGACCUUUGCAAGCAGGUUCUGAUGUACGGCUCCGACUUGGACGCCGACCAUCCGGGAUUUAAAGACGGCGUUUACCGCCAAAGAAGGAGCUACUUUGCCGAUUUGGCUCGGAGCUACAAACACGGUGAGCAGAUCCCCCGCGUGGACUACACGCCGGAGGAGGUCCAGACCUGGUCUCGGGUCUUCCGCGAGCUCCACCAACUCUACCCCGACCACGCCUGCAAGGAGUUCCUCGACAACCUCCCCCUGCUGGCCCGGCACUGCAACUACAAGGAGGACAACAUCCCCCAGCUGGAGGACGUCUCGCGCUUCCUCAAAGGUCGCUCGGGGUUCAGCAUUCGUCCAGUGUCUGGCUACUUGUCUCCUCGAGACUUCCUGGCAGGGUUGGCCUUUCGAGUGUUCCACUGCACCCAGUACAUCCGCCACAGCUCCGACCCCUACUACACCCCCGAACCGGACGCGUGCCACGAGCUGCUGGGCCACGUGCCGCUGCUGGCCGAGCCGAGCUUCGCGCGGUUCUCGCAGGAGAUGGGUCUGGCCUCGCUGGGCGCCGACGACGACGCCGUGCGCAAACUGGCCACGUGUUACUUCUUCACGGUGGAGUUUGGACUCUGCGAGCAGGACGGAAGACUUCGCGCCUACGGGGCCGGCCUGCUCUCGUCGGCCGGCGAGCUCAAGCACGCGCUGUCAGGCCGGGCCCCCGUGCGCCCGUUCGAUCCUCGGCUGACGUGCGACGAGGAAUGCGUCAUCACCGCCUUCCAAAACGUCUACUUUGUCACCAAAACCUUCGACGACGCCAAGAACCAGAUGAGGGAGUUUGCCGAGGGCAUGGGCCGGCCCUUCUCCGUGCGCUACGACGCGGCCACGCAGAGCGUGGACGUGCUGCAGGACGGCGGCAGCGGCGGCGGCGGCGGCAUCCGAACGCCGGCGCAAGAUCCGCGCCGCCAAGUGGACGACGCCCUCAACAGACUCGCUAGGCACAGCGCCGCCGUGUGACCUCAUGUGAGGCUGCUCGCCGUGCAAAAGUUUCAUUGGAGAAAAUUCUAACAAGUCAUGGAAAAAAUUAUUUUCCAUGAUUUUCGGAAAAAAAUAUAUAUACUCAACUUGAACAAUAAUGGCAUUUCUUCUCUAAAAUGAUGUUUUAUUUCACUGCGCUUUUGUUCACUUUUUAGCUGCAAAAAAAGUCAACUUUAUUCUCCCACAAUUGUGAUGAU